GCAAUUGGACUGUGAGGGCGUGUAGGAAAAGAAAAUGAGUGGAAAAUAUUUUACGCGAUUGUUGUUGUUGUUUUUUUUGCUCUGGUAGGAAAGGAAUUGAAACGCGUACAGUCUUUUUGCAGCGGAUGGCUUGGGCUAGGAAAUUGAGUGCAUGCGGCUGUUGGAUUGAUUAGCGAAUCUGGUUACUUAAUGUGAUAGUGGAGACUAUUUUUCCCUGCUGUAGGAAGCUAUGUUCUUUGAAGUUGCAUUUUCAAUUUAUACAAUUUUACUUUUACCUUUAGCGGCCUUGAAACGGUAUCUUUUGUAACGUAUAUACUGUCUUGAACGUUAAUAAUAAUUAAACAACUUUUUAAGUGUGCUAGGAAAAAGUUUAAAUAAAAAAAGUUGAGUUUUGCGAUUUGAAUUUGGGUUUAAAAUAUAAAUGUGCAACGAAUGAUUCAAAAAUUAAUUAUAAUAAUCGUAAAUUACUAUUCGUUCUAUACUUGAGCCAUCAAAGUAACCAUAAGGAUACAUUGAUUAGAGAGAAGUUUAGAUCAACCUGUCAGUAAUUAGUUUGUGGGAGAAGAGUUUAAACGCAAUAUUGCACUUAGCUACAUAAAAACAGUUCCUCAACUUCAACAAUGCAAGCUCAAACGUCUACGAAUUCGAAAAAGGAAUCGUCCACCAAUCUGAUAAAAUCGAACUCAACUACACCAGCCCAAUGUCCCAUGCCGGACUGUGAUCAGUCCUUGCUUGCAUCGAAUUUUCUGCAGCACUAUCUGCGUGACCAUUCGAACCUGAGCUUCAUCUCAAUCGAAGAUCGUGAAACGAUGCUGUUCCAUUUCAAGGAAAGUGCCUUCCCAUUAAACAAACCGUACUGUCUUGGUGUGCUGGCAUACGGUGGACAUGAACCUUGCCGAUCGGAAAAUCGUCCCGCAAUGUUAGGCUACGCGGUGGAAAAUCAAUUCCUGCCCCAGCGUUUCAAGUCGUUGAAACAUUUCCUACCAGUGCUGGUGAUGGGUUGCCGGACAACACGUUUGGAUGGGCAGGAAAGUGUCACUCAAGGUGAUCACGAUGAAGAGAAAAAUGUGUCCAUAGUUUUCUGGCUGCUAACGAUGGGUACGGGUGUCCAAGUGUUGGGCUAUCUGUCCAUUAGCGAUGUUUCGUUGCGUCAACAACGACGAAGGAUGGUGCAGUUGUGUGAAUUGACCAACUCCAGUUCGGAAUUUCCGGGAAUGAAUUGUCCGCGGAAGGAAUGGAACAUGUUGCAACUGAAUCGUCGUGAAAUCGAUCUUCUGUCACACGAUGGUACUGCGUUGAUAAAGUUAGAAGUGAUGAUUGAUGGGCCACGUUAAAUAAAUAAAAAGGGAAAGUUGGUACAAACAACAUUGAA